AUGCGAGGCUGUUUACGAUUGGGAUUAUCCUCUCAUGUCUUCUUGGCCUUGCUACUUCUGGAUCAAUGGGACCUCCUUGUUGUGCGUCGCGCUCCCAUUCUCUCCAAAGAUCGGCUACGGUUGGAUCGGGGUUCAAAUGGAUUGAAGGUCGUUGAUGAAAUUGAUCGUUUGGCAACACGAAGUCAUAUGUUCCUCCAAGUCCGGGCAGGUCUUCGGCGUAGCUUACAUUGUAUACCGGAAUGGAUCCAACGAAAAGCUGGUUGUAGAGGUUGUUUAUCUCGCCGCUUGCCUCCUCAUCGGAAAUGUGAAUUGCACGGAGUUGAGGUUGUGUCUGGCCGUGAUCGGUUGGUACUUUGUUAUGCGCAAAAUGCCAAACGUGUCAACAAAUCAAGGCGGAGCAUAGAGUACCCGGCGGAUUACUACAAAGUUUACCUAUACCUCAAUGGAAAUGGGAUUCAAUAUCAAUGGAUUUCAUUACCGGACUACCAGUAG